GAACUAAUGCAAAGUAUUUGUUGUUAAUUUUUUGUGAUAACAAUUUUUAAUUGAUAGAUAAUUAAAAGUUUUUUAGCAAAUUAUUAUAUGAUACCCCUUCUUUUGAAUAGUGUUUAAUUCUUGUUAAGUUCAAGAAUAUAGGAUAUCCUUUUUGUUUUUCAAUAUGCCAGGAUUUCUACCCGAUUCCGAUAGUGAGGAUGAAUUACCUCCAGGAUGGGAAGAAAGAGCUACAGAUGACGGUCAUGUUUUCUAUACAAAUCAUCAAAACAAAUCAACUCAAUGGGUUCAUCCCAGAACUGGCAAAUCAAAACGUGUAUCCGGCGAAUUGCCAAUUGGUUGGGAGAAAAUAAUCGAUGAAAAAACCAACCGUCCGGCGUUUCUGCAAAAGAGUACCAAUCAAGUAACUUACACAGAUCCACGUCUAGCAUUUGCUGCCGAAGUACCAACCAUGAACAUUGCCGAGGUACGUCAACGCUUCGAUUCUAGCACAACUGCUUUGCAGGUUUUGCAUGGCAAAGAUUUGUCGGGCAAAUUAGCCGUAAUAACUGGUUGCAAUGUCGGCAUUGGCCUGGAAACAGCAAGAUCAUUGGCUUUGCAUGGUUGUGAGGUGAUCUUUGCGUGCAGAAAUCAACAAUCGAGUGAGGAAGCUAUUAAAAAGAUUGCCACCGAAAAGUCAGCAGCGGGAAGGAAAUGUAGAUUCAUGUUACUCAAUUUGAGUUCAUUGCAAUCUGUUAAGAAUUUCUCAAAAGAACUUAAGCAAACUGUUAAUCACGUAGAUUAUCUUAUUCUUAAUGCUGGCGUAUUUGCUUUGCCCUAUUCAGUCACGGAAGAUGGAAUAGAAACAAUUUUUCAAGUUAGUCAUUUAUCACAUUUCUAUUUGACUCUUGAGCUGGAGAAAUUGUUUGAUCAUAAAACUAGAGUUGUUGUUUUGUCAUCAGAGUCACACAGAUUCUCUACUCUACCCGCAGAUCAUUUGACCGAACAGCAUCUUUCACCGCCUGCGUCCAAAUUUUGGAGCAUGAUGGCAUACAACAAUGCCAAACUGUGUAACGUGCUGUUUGCCAUGCAUCUUGCUGAGAAAUGGAAAAACCGAGGAAUAUCUGUGUUUUCUGUGCACCCAGGUAAUAUGGUCUCAACGAAUAUAAUGCGCAAUUGGUGGUUCUAUCGUUUGCUCUUUGCAAUUUUUCGACCAUUUACUAAAUCAGUGCAACAAGCCGCAGCCACAUCGGUCUACUGUGCAACGGCCACUGAACUCACUGGCCUCACUGGAUUAUAUUUCAAUAAUUGUUUCUUCUGUGAGCCAAGCAAAUUGGCACAAAGUAAAACAUUGGCUGAACAAUUGUGGCAGUUGAGUGAGAAUAUGAUUAAGGGCAUACUAUCUGAGCAACAAUGAUGAUUUGUGUAGUCGAUAGGUCAUAUAUAGCAAUUUGGAUGGUUAGAUAUGGGUUCGAUGGAAUCAUUACGACUACGAGUUUGUGUUUUAAAUGCACUUGCUUGUCUUCUUCAUCAAAUAUGUUGUGGCUGCCUAUGUAAUUAGUGAAUU